CGGGAAUGUUAGCGCCGUAAAAAAAAAAAAAAGUUUACAUUGUGGAAGGGAAGUUUGAGUGCCGUGAUUUCUCUUGGAGUAAGACCAGGGAAGGAGCUUUUCCCCACGUGUUAGCUGUCCUCCAAACUCCCAAAGACCGCAGCAAAGGCAUGAGAAGUGCCCCGAAAGUAAAGCUAUAUUAACCGUAAUGCCGCUAAAGCUAACAGGCAGAGUGCCUUUAUUUUGGCUGUCCAUCAUUAUUGUUUUGUUUUUUCUUCUUCUCUGUUGUUCGCUGUGGCUCGCCUGCAUUAGCGAUAAGGCUGUACAAAAACACACGCCGAUUGUCGCCUCAUAGUUAACUUUUCAUCAAUAGAUUUGUAGGAUUAAUUUUUUAAUUAUAGCUUUGAUACCCUGAAACUGCAUUUGGACUUUUAAAGUGGCAACAUGGAAAGGAAGUGAAGUCGACCCGCUUUGAAAACGAUCUGAAGCCGCUAGUGAAAGUUGGUUACGUCAGAACUACUGUCAGCUGAAUUCUGAUUGGAGGAAUGGAGUGCCAGUCUGCUGUGCACCAGUGAUCAGGCCAGGAGACUCCAGUGGUGACAUCCUGUGGAGCCAGAGAUCAAAGGCGAGGAGGCUGUUUUACCAUCGCUGGAACUGAAGAUUGCUUUGAAUAAGCAAGUUCGUGCAGAAGGUUUUUAAGUCAUGAUGCAAGAAUCUGGGACGGAGGCCACGAGCAACGGACCAGCCAAUCAAAAUGGAGGAGCAAGCGUGGAGGGUGUACCCAGGGAGGGACGACCCAAAAGUGCCACGCCAUCAGUGGACCUCCUGCAUCUCCAGCAGCACCAGGCUCUCCAAGUGGCUCGUCAAAUACUUCUCCAGCAGCAGCAACAGCAGCAGCAGCAGCAGCAGCAGCAGCAAUCCCAGUCUCAGCACCUGCAGUCUCAACAAAACACUGGCCGCAAAUCCCCUAAAGCCAGCGACAAGCAGCAAAGCCUACAGGUUCCAGUGUCAGUGGCUAUGAUGACGCCUCAAGUGAUAACUCCACAGCAGAUGCAGCAGAUCCUUCAGCAGCAAGUCCUGAGCCCUCAGCAGCUCCAGGUUCUUCUCCAGCAGCAACAGGCCCUCAUGUUACAGCAGCAGCAACUCCAAGAAUUCUACAAAAAGCAGCAGGAACAGCUCCACCUCCAGCUCCUACAGCAGCAGCAGCAACAGCAGCAACAUGCAGGCAGCAAGCAGAGUAAAGAGCAGGUGUCAGCACAGCAGUUGGCCUUCCAGCAGCAGCUCCUGCAGGUCCAGCAGGUCCAGCAGCAGCACCUGCUCAACCUUCAGAGGCAAGGGCUGCUCACCAUCCAGCCCGGACAGACCGGCCUGCCGCUGCACUCCCUCACUCAGGGCAUGAUUCCAGCAGAGCUGCAACAACUGUGGAAAGAGGUGACAAAUGCUCACGUGAAGGAGGAGCACAACAAUAGCAGCAACAACGGCCACCGGGGCCUUGACCUGUCCUCCCCGGCACCGCCAAAGAACCCACUCCUCAACCAGCACGCCUCCACCAACGGGCAGUACAUGAGUCACAAGAGAGAAGGAUCCACGCUAGAAGAGCCUUCCCCCCACACUCACCCUCUCUACGGCCACGGUGUUUGCAAGUGGCCAGGAUGUGAUGCGGUCUUUGAUGAUUUCCAGUCAUUCCUCAAGCAUCUUAACAAUGAGCACGCCCUGGAUGACAGGAGCACGGCCCAGUGUCGAGUGCAAAUGCAGGUCGUACAACAGCUGGAACUGCAGUUAGCGAAAGACAAAGAGCGUCUGCAAGCUAUGAUGACGCACCUUCAUGUCAAGUCCACGGAGCCCAAAGCCACCCCACAGCCGCUCAACCUAGUGUCCAACGUCACAUUGUCCAAGUCGGCCCCCGAGGCGUCUCCUCCGCUGAGCCUUCCGCAGACCCCCACCACACCCACGGCACCCCUCACGCCCCUAUCGCAGACCCACUCUGUCAUCACAGCCAACAGCCUCCACAGUGUGGGCCCUAUGCGACGGCGCUAUUCAGAAAAGUACAACAUGCCCAUCUCUCCAGAUAUCAGUCAGAACAAAGAGUUUUACAUGAAUGCAGAUGUUAGACCGCCAUUCACGUAUGCCUCACUAAUAAGACAGGCAAUCCUCGAAUCUCCAGAAAAGCAGCUAACACUAAACGAAAUCUACAACUGGUUCACACGAAUGUUUGCAUAUUUUAGGCGCAACGCAGCAACAUGGAAGAAUGCAGUCCGGCAUAAUCUUAGUCUUCACAAGUGUUUUGUGCGAGUAGAAAACGUAAAAGGGGCUGUGUGGACAGUCGACGAAAUAGAGUUCCAAAAGAGACGGCCUCAAAAGAUCAGUGGAAGUCCAGCCUUAGUGAAGAACAUUCAGACCAGCUUGGGCUAUGGUCCGACCCUCUCUGCUGCCUUCCAGGCUUCAAUGGCAGAAAACAACAUACCUCUAUACACUACUGCUUCCAUUGGAAGUCCCACCCUCAACUCCCUGGCCAACGCUAUCCGUGAGGAGAUGAAUGGAGCGAUGGACCAUGGAAACAGCAACGGCAGUGACAGCAGCCCGGGACGCUCGCCUCUGCCAGCUAUGCAUCACAUCAGCGUUAAGGAGGAACCACUGGACCCCGAAGACCACGAAGGGCCCCUCUCCCUGGUAACGACUGCCAAUCACAGUCCGGAUUUCGAUCACCACAGAGAUUACGACGACGACCAGGGCCACGACGACAUGCUGUAAAGGCUCGAGCGCCGCCCCGCCCCCCCCCCCCCCCCCCCCCCCCCUCGCCCUCCCCAAGCCUCAGCGGCCGAGGCAGUCUGGGUCAUCUGGGAGAUGGAAACGCUCCGCAGAUAACAAACACUGAACUGCAGUCUCAGCCACUGAUGACAGCUCUCAAAUGUCUCCGAGUUGACUUUUUAGUGCCAUUACAAUACAUAGCAACACACACACACAUAAAAAACACAGCCCUACAUGAGGGUGCUUUUUUUUUUUUUUUCCUCCUGGUUUCUUUCUACUUUUGAUUUAAGUAACGCUUAAAAAGUGAACACAAACUUCCUUUCUACUCGUGUGUUGGACUUGUUUGGUACGUGGGGGGGGUGGCGGCGGCGGCGGCGGCGACAUCUGGGAGACCCUCGCCGUGCAGCCGGGGACGGACUGCACUCAGCGGACUGCAAGAGGGGUUACCUCCCUCCCUCCCUCCCCCACUCCCCUCCCCAACCUCUCUCAGACACACACAUCUGACCAUAACGUGAAGAGAGAGAGA